AUGGUGGUCUCAGCCCUUCUGCUGCAGAAAGGCAGUUUUUUGGCUCUCAGGGACACAAAUGUCCCCACGUCCUUUGUUCCCCCAUGGUCCCUUGGCGCCAGCGGCCCUUUGGCACCGGGGGAGUGGAGGCAGGAGGUGCACAGCCCCCCGGUAACCCCACCCCACCUCAGUGCCUGGCACUGGGGUGCAGCUCUGGGACGCUCCCAUCUCCCUGCAGCCCAAAAAGCCGACUUUAGCGGGGACUCCACGGCGGCCACCAUCAACCACUCGCUGACGCUGCUGCAGCGGCUGCAGGAGCUGCUGCAGAACGGCAACGGCAGCGACUCGGUGCUGCGGGUCCGCUCAGCCGCCUCCGACGAGCCCAAGGUGUUCCACACGCACCAGCUGCUGCUGAGCCUCCAGAGCGAGGUCUUCGAGAGCCUCCUGCGCAACCAGAGCGUCGUGACCCUGUACGAGCCACCCGAAACCGCCGCGCUCUUCGACAAGUUCAUCAGGUACCUGUACUGCGGGGGUGUCUCCAUCCUGCUGCACCAAGCCAUCCCCAUGCACCAGCUGGCCAGCAAAUACCGGGUCUGGGGGCUGCAGCGCGGCGUGGCCGAGUACAUGAGGACCCACCUGGCCAGCGAGUCCAGCCAGGGCCACGUGGUGGGCUGGUACCACUACGCCGUGCGCGUCGGGGACACGGCGCUGCAGGAGAGCUGCCUCCAGUUCCUGGCCUGGAACCUGUCUGCGGUGCUGGGCAGCGCCGAGUGGGGCUCGGUGAGCGUGGAGCUGCUGCUGCUGCUGCUGGAGCGCUCCGACCUGGUGCUGCACAGUGAGCUGGAGCUCUACACCGCCGUGGAGGGCUGGCUGAGCCGCCGGCAGCCCGAGGCGCCCGUGGCCGAGCGGGUGCUGCGCGCCAUCCGCUACCCCAUGAUCGCGCCCAGCCAGCUGUUCCGGCUGCAGGCGCAGUCAGCAGUGCUGGCGCGGCACCGCGCCGCUGUGCAGGACCUGCUCUUCCAGGCUUUCCAGUUCCACGCCGCCUCCCCGCUCCACUUCGCCAAGUACUUUGACGUCAACUGCAGCAUGUUCCUGCCCCGCAACUACCUCGCGCCCAGCUGGGGCUCCCAGUGGGUCAUCACCAACCCGGCGCGGGACGACCGCAGCACCAGCUUCCAGACUCAGCUGGGGCCCAGCAGCCACGACGCCGGCAAGAGGGUGACGUGGAACGCGCUGUUCUCGCCGCGCUGGCUGCCCGUCAGCCUGCGCCCCGUCUACUCGGACUCGGUGGCGGGCGCCAUCCAGCCCGUGCGCAUCGAGGACGGGCGCCCGCGCCUCGUCAUCACCCCGGCCAUGAGCAGCCCCGACUUCGCCGGCGUCAGCUUCCAGAAGACCGUGCUGGUGGGCGUGAGGCAGCAGGGCCGCGUGCUGGUCAAACACGCCUACAGCUUCCACCAGAGCUCGGACGAGACCGCCGAUUUCCUGGCGCACGCCGACCUGCAGAAACGCACCUCCGAGUACCUCAUUGACAACUCCCUGCACCUGCACAUCAUCAUCAAGCCUGUCUACCACUCCCUCAUCAAGGUGAAGAAGUAACGAGGCACAGCUGGAUGCUGCCGUGCUGGCCCCAGCACCGUGGGGGGAACGCUUGGUCCUGUAGGUAGAUGGGAGUCCCCUCGCUGGGGGACUCCAGGACUGAGCUCUGCACUGCCCAUCCCUCCCCGAGUGUUCCCCUGCUGUGUCCCGUCCCCAUCGCUGUCCCUGGGGAUGGAGGAUGCUGGGAGCGCCCCAGACCCAUGUAUGGGGUGCAGGAGGUGAAAUGUGCAGCCCAUGGGCACAUCACAGACCCCAGCGAGUGUGGGGAGCGGGACAGGGACAGCUCAUCCUUCCCGUGAGGCAGCCCCGGGGUCCCUCUGUGUGGGCAGCUGGGUCCAGCUCAGGGGGCAAACAGAGCUGCCCUGUCUGAUGGUGAGGGGCCCGUCAGCCUCCCCCAGUGGAGGAGGGGUGGGGGGCACUGUCCCCACUGGCGGUGGCAGCUGCCCCAUCCCUGUCCAGGUACCCCCACCCCUUUCCUAAUAAAGCAGAAAAUGAG